AUGUCGUCGAAGCAUUCCAAGGCCGGAUCCGGGAACAGUGGCAAUGGGCUAACGAUCAUCCCUAGCGCGACAGCGGCAACGUCUUCGCAGUCUGCGGCCGUGCUUCCGACGGAAAAUGCGGUAGGCACCGCUUCCCAGGUAAACGUAGAUAAGCGAAUCUCUGGUCACCAUGAAACGGGUACCAUUCCGAAGAAUCCCAGUAAUAAACCCGGUAGUACCACUAGCUUUCCGCGUCGUAAUCCGCCACGUAAUGCGCGUCCGAAUCGUCAGUCAAGUUGUCAGUUGUGUGAUGGGUUGGAUAACAUGAACAUGAUACAGUGUGAUGCGUGCAGAGGAUGGUUCCAUUGUGAGUGUGCAAAGGUAAUGGAGGGAACCGAGGAUCAGAGCUGGUGUUGCGCCAAAUGCGUGUCCAUUCUCCGUAGAUCGCAAGCUCCCUCCGGCGAUGCUCGGAGCUCGGAGAUUCAGAAGCAACAAGUUCCAAACCCGUCGCAGCGAUCCAUGAGCAGUGGGAAGAGUAUGCAGAGUGAGGCAAGAAGGAGGCUGAAGCUGCAGUUGCUGAAAAUCGAGGAGGAGAAAAGGCUUGAAAAGGAAUUUUUGGAGAAGAAAUACGAGGUGCUGCUUGAGUUUGGGAGUGAGUCGUCAACAGUGAUAAGCGACAGUGAAUCUAUCCUCGACAAUGCUUCGAAGAUCGAACAGUGGAUGGCCGAUACAGAUCGUUUUGGUGCCGACGUGGAUUCCGGUCUAGCGGACGAGGUCGACGGGCCCGUGGCGAUUAACUCGCGGAGGCCUGCGGAGCAUUCUGCUCGAAAUCUCAGACAGGACGUCGAACAUCCAGUCCACCAAUCACGUUAUCAACCGACCGGGCGAGGGUUCCAGUUCGAAAAUGCUACGAUCGUCACUAGUCAUCCAGCGCAACCUGCACUACUUUCUCAAACGAGGGCGGAAACAGUCGUGCAGCCGAAUCGCUUCAUCCCAGGGCAACGAUCAACUCCAAUGUGUGGUGAACAUCAGCGUCCGACAGUUCAGCCCGUGCAGUCCAUCGACGACGAGACCAUCUGCAUACUCAACCGUAGCCAGCUGGCCGCGCGACAAGCAGUUCCAAAGGAUCUCCCAGAAUUUGGUGGAAACCCAGAGGAUUGGCCGCUUUUCUUCUCAGUUUUCCACAGUUCCACCCAAAUGUGUGGGUUUUCAAACGAAGAAAAUAUGCUACGUCUCCAGAAGUGCCUCAAAGGAAGGGCAUUAGAAGCAGUCAGAUGCCGUCUUCUCCAUCCGUCUAACGUCACAGGAGUGAUAUCAACACUGAAGAUGUUGUACGGAAGGCCGGAAGCAAUCGUUCAAGCAAUUGUGAAGAAGGUCAGAGCUCUACCAUCGCCGAAUAUCGACCGACUAGAGACGGUAGUCAACUUCGCGCUCACUGUUGAGAACUUGGUCGCAACGAUCCAAGCUUGCGGAGUGAAUGACUUCGUUUACAAUGCUUCGCUGCGUUACGAGCUUGUAGAAAGACUACCAUCGUCUUUAAAGCUUGACUGGGCCAAAUACUCGAGAAACACACCGAAUCCCAAUCUGGCCGAUUUCAGUACCUGGCUGUAUGCAACAGCAGAGGAUGCCAGCGCAGUGAUGGCGUCAGUUAGCAGCGAUUCCAAGCCUCGUUCCAGCAAGACAGCUGGUUUCCUGAACGUUCACGAAGCAGGCGAUUUAGAUAGCGAACACUCUAUGUCAUCGAGGGUGCAGCCGUCUACUUUCGACGAAAUGGAAAAACAGUGUCCAAUCUGUAAUGGCGGGUGCCCGAACGUCGCAAAGUGUAAACGGUUUGCCGAAUUCAGCUGUGACUCGAAAUGGGCUGCUGUUCGCGAAUGUAAACUGUGUCGGAAGUGCUUGCGAAAGCACAACGGUUCGUGCCGACAACAGAAGGCGUGCGGAACAAAUGGCUGCACUUAUCUACACCACCCGCUUCUCCAUACCGUCGGUAGACAACAAUCCAACGAACCGGCGACUAACGCAAUCGUGCCUCCAGAGACAACGCAACAGAGCUGCAAUAUUCACCAAAGUCAAUCAAAACUACUUUUCCGAAUUCUUCCAGUCCUUCUCUAUGGGCCAUCGAAAACCGUACGAACGUACGCGUUCAUCGACGACGGAUCCGAACUUUCCAUUAUGGAACAGAGUCUUGCUGACGAACUCGGCUUAGAAGGGCCAAAGACAUCGCUGUGCCUCAAAUGGACGGGAGGUUCACAACGCCUGGAGAGUUCGCAGAGAGUUAGCUUGCAGAUAUCCAGCAGCAAAGAACAAUCGGGGAAAUAUCAGCUGUCUUCCGUACAAACCAUCAAAAGCCUUCAGAUUCGACCUCAGACACUGAUGUAUGGCGAUAUCCAACAAACGUACCGCCACCUCGCCGGACUACCGAUUGAGUCGUAUGAGAAUGCCAGCCCUCGAAUUCUCAUAGGCCUGGAUAAUCUAAAUCUUGGUCACCCGCUGAAAAGUCGAGAAGGCCGCACACAAGAACCGAUAGCCACCAAAACACGACUAGGCUGGACUAUCUACGGAAGCUGCACUCCUGAGGAUACAACCGCGAAUUCCGUAAACUAUCACUCUCUUCAGGUGUGCCAGUGCAACCAAUACGCGGGCGAAGACCUUCACCAAACUGUAAAAAACUAUUUCGCACUUGAGAGUAUCGGAAUUGUGAAACCAGAUAGGCUGAUACAAUCGCGAGACGACCAACGGGCGCAGAUGCUAUUGGAAUCGCUCACCAAACACCGAGAUGGGCGCUAUGAAUCAGGACUACUCUGGAAGUACGAUAACGUCCGACUUCCAGACAGUAAACCGAUGGCGCUGAAGAGAUGGGAAUGCCUGGAUCGGAGGAUGAUGAACGACCCGCAGUUAGCAAAUGUUGUUAGAGCGAAGAUUGAAGAUCAUGUAUCGAAGGGAUAUGUCCGGAAGCUGUCCUUCGCAGAGAUUCAAGCUGAAUACCCCCGCGUGUGGUAUCUACCAAUAUUUCCGGUAGUGAACCCAAACAAACCCGGCAAGACUAGGCUCGUUUGGGAUGCAGCUGCAACCGUCCAUGGAAUAUCUCUGAACACCGUCUUGCUGAAGGGCCCAGACCUGUUGACUUCGCUGCUAACUGUACUAAUGCAAUUCAGAGAGUACAAAAUCGCAGUAUGCGGUGACAUCCGCGAAAUGUACCACCAGAUCCAGAUGCAGAAUGUUGAUCAGCAGUGCCAGCGCUUUUUUUGGAAGGAAAAUAUAGCUGACGUCGAGCCAAGUACGUACAUCGUCCAAGUGAUGACCUUCGGAGCCUGUUGCUCCCCAAGUACGGCGCAGUAUGUAAAGAAUGUGCACGCAAGCAAGUUCCAGCAGGAAUAUCCGGCCGCCGUUGAGGCUAUUGUGAAGCGACACUACGUUGACGAUAUGCUUCUAAGCGUAGAGCAGGAGGAAGAAGCAGUUCAGCUGACACGAGACGUGAGGGAAAUCCAUGCGUCGGCAGGUUUCGAAAUCCGCAAUUGGGCAUCUAACUCGUCUAAAGUAUUGGCACAAUUAGACGAACCUUCUACGGCUGAAAAAAGUUUUGAAGAGGAUGGCUGUGUUGAAAAAAUUCUCGGAAUGUGGUGGAACACGUCUACAGACCGCUUCACGUUCAAGGUUUCAAACCGUAUAGACGAAGUCCUGCUGUCAGGUGGUCGCCGUCCUACGAAACGAGAAGUCCUGCGAACUAUGAUGAUGGUUUUCGACCCGCUAGGUUUUAUUAGUCAUUUUCUUAUGGUGCUGAAGACGCUUCUUCAGGAAAUAUGGCGGUCUUCAAUCGGCUGGGACGACGAGAUAAACGAUCAACACUUCGAAAAGUGGUCAACCUGGUGCGCAGCUUUGCCCGAAAUAGCAAAACUUCAAAUUCCUCGUUGCUACCGUUCACUAACAUCUACCUCCGAAGAUAACGAAGUUCAGCUGCACACGUUUGUAGACGCGAGCGAAGCCGGCUUUGCGGCGGUGGCGUACUUGAGAUUCCAAGAGGGAUCGAUCAUCGAGUGUGCGCUAGUAGGGUCCAAGACAAGAGUUUCGCCGUUGAAGUUUUUGUCUAUCCCACGAUCAGAGCUUCAAGCGGCUGUUAUCGGAGUCCGCUUUGCUGAAACUAUCUGCAAGUCACUUUCCUUCAAAGUGAAGCAGCGGUUCUUCUGGACAGACUCUAAAGACGUGCUGUGCUGGCUGAAUUCCGACCACCGCCGCUACAGUCAGUAUGUUGCCUUCCGAGUUAGCGAGGUUCUAGAAGCUUCGGAUAUACGAGAAUGGAACUGGGUUCCAACCAAGCAAAACGUAGCAGAUGAGGGAACUAAAUGGCGCCAGAGACCGGAUUUGUCUGCAUCGAGUCGCUGGUUCCGGGGUCCAGAGUUUCUUUGGAAAGUCACGGAGAAUUGGCCAAUCUCCAAAGAUCGCAUCGGAAAUACAACAGAGGAACUACGUCCGCAUCUGUUGCUCCAUACAACUGUUACUGAGUGCGCAGUCGAUAUUGAUCGAUUCUCCAAUUGGCGAAGACUGCUUCGUUGUACUGCUUACGUACUGCGCUACAUACGAAAUCUGAGACUUUCCGUACAGAAGCUGGAUGUCACAAGCGGACCGUUGAAUCGUCAAGAGCUGAGUGAUGCCGAGAACUACCUGUACCGUGCUGCACAGUUAGCCGCAUUUCCCGAUGAAAUUGCCAUCCUUUCGAGGAACCGGAACUCGGAGAAAACGGACAAGCAUUUGCCAAGAAGCAGCCCACUCUUUCGUCAAUGCGUCUUUCUGGAUGAAGUUCAAGUUAUCAGGAUCCAGGGCAGAACACAAGCUUGUUCGGUCAUCUCUCGAGAUGCAGUUCAACCAAUUUUCCUUCCUCGGAAUCACUCAAUCACCAAGCUGAUCCUCCUCGAUUUCCACAAUCGUUUUAACCAUCAGAACCAUCAAACAACGAUCAACGAAGUGCGUCAACACUACCGGAUUCCAAAACUGAAAGCAGCUUACAAAAGCAUUCGGAAGGAAUGCCAAGAAUGCCAAAAUUACCAUGCAACUCCGCAACCACCUUUCAUGAGUGAUCUGCCUCCGCAACGUCUUGCCGCUUUCACGCGACCAUUUACUUUCAUGGGAGUGGACUACUUUGGCCCCAUGAUCGUCACUGUAGGACGGCGUUCCGAAAAGCGGUGGGGAGUUCUGGCAACUUGCCUCACCAUACGCGCAAUCCACCUAGAACUAGCCCACACACUGACAACUGAUUCCUGUAUCUUGGCGUUACGCAACAUUAUGGCCAGAAGAGGAGUGCCCGCAAUCAUCUUCAGUGACCGUGGUACCAAUUUCCAAGGCGCAAGUAAAGAGCUAAAGGAAAUGAUACAAAGUAUCAAUCAAGAACAACUCAUGAAUGAGUUCACGACGCCCAACACUGAGUGGCGCUUCAUACCACCGGCCUCUCCACAUAUGGGUGGGGCCUGGGAACGCCUGAUCCGGAACGUUAAGUCAAAUUUGUCCAAACUUCAAUGGAGAAGGCUGCCUACUGACGAAGUUCUAAACAGCAGCCUAAUCGAGAUCGAAAACGUGGUCAACUCAAGACCGCUGACCGAGAUCCCAAUUGAAGACGACGAAUCUCCGGUGCUGACACCCAACCACUUUCUACUGGGAUCGUCGAACGGAUUGAAGUCUUGGGUCCCAUACAACGACAAUCCUUCUGUGCUUCGCAACAGCUUCAAACUUUCACAAGUCAUGGCCAACCAGUUUUGGAGGAUGUGGUUGAGGGACUACUUGCCCGUGAUCACGCGACGUACCAAAUGGAUCACCAAGGCAGAACCAAUUAAAGUUAACGACAUUGUUGUAAUCGUAGACCCGAAAGCUCCUCGUAACAGCUGGCCACUUGGACGGGUCAUCGCAACCAGACGAGGUUCAUACGGCCAAGUAAGAAGCGCUACUGUUCAGACCAACCAUGGCAUCUACGAGCGUCCUUCAGUUAAGCUAGCGGUGCUCGACGUAGGCGUCCAUAACCAAUGCGAUUCAGGGGAUCCUUUUGCGCAUUCGUGGGGGACUGUAAGCGCGCCCGUCGAUCAGCAGACCCCUCGUAGAACUGCUACCAUGACUACCCGUAGAAGUGCUACCCUAAACUGA